AUGGAGUACUUGAAGGAACAGGAAGGAAAAAGUGUCCAUGAUUAUCGCCGAGUAAAUAUGGCUAACAUGAAAAGUCCUAUAAAGGUUCCAGGACCAGUGAUAGUGGGUGCUGGUCCGUCAGGGCUAGCUGCAGCAGCAUGUCUUAAACAGAAAGGUAUUCCAAGCCUAAUUCUUGAAAGGGCUAAUUGCUUAGCUUCAAUGUGGCAACUCAAGACUUAUGAUCGCUUGUGCCUUCAUCUCCCAAAGCAAUUUUGUCAACUCCCUCUCAUGCCAUUCCCACAAAACUUUCCCUCUUAUCCAAGCAAACAACAAUUCUUGGCCUACUUGAAGGCUUAUGCUGAUCAUUUUGGUAUAAAACCGGCUUUAAGAAAGACUGUGGUGAGUGCCAAUUUCGAUCACAGAUGUGGGUAUUGGAGGGUGAAGACUCGUGAAGGAGUGAAAAAGGAGGAGAGUGAAUAUGUUUGCAAAUGGCUGAUAGUAGCAACUGGGGAGAAUGCUGAGGAAGUUGUGCCUCAAAUUGAAGGAAAAGAUGAGUUUGAAGGGCGUAUCUUACACACAAGCUCGUAUAAGAGUGGGAGUGUGUUUUGUGGGAAGAAUGUUUUGGUGGUUGGAUGUGGGAAUUCAGGCAUGGAGGUUUGUUUGGAUCUCUGCAAUCAUAAUGCUCGCCCAUCCCUUGUAGUUAGAGAUACGGUGCAUAUUUUGCCUCAGCAGAUGUUUGGGAAAUCCACGUUUGGUUUAUCCAUGAGCUUACUCAAGUGGUUCCCCGUUCGUCUUGUGGAUAAAUUUUUACUUCUAAUGUCACAUCUGAUGCUCGGGGACACAGCUCGAUUUGGCCUUCAUCGUCCCAAAAUUGGCCCUCUUGAGCUCAAGAAUUUGUACGGCAAAACACCGGUUUUGGAUGUUGGGACACUUGCUCUCAUAAAAAGUGGAAAAAUAAAGAUUUGCCGCGGAAUUAAACAAGUAGCACAGCAUGUGGUGGAGUUUGUAGAUGGAAAAACAGAGAAUUUCGAUGUCAUCAUUCUGGCAACUGGUUACAAAAGCAAUGUACCCUCUUGGUUGAAGGGCACCGACAUGUUUUGCGAGAAAGAUGGGUUUCCGAGGAAAGCUUUUCCAAAUGGAUGGAAAGGUAAAAAUGGACUGUAUGCUGUGGGUUUCACAAAACGUGGCCUACUUGGUGCAUCUAUUGAUGCUAAGAGGAUUGCGGACGAUAUUGAACAUUGUUGGAAAGCUGCUAAGACCACGUAUUUGUAG